CCCCCUCCAGUCCCCUUUUCCUCCGGGUCUCGCAGUGCAGGGUGCAGCGACUCGGCUUGUGUGUGUCUGUCGCCGCGGGCCGGACUCAUGGCCUCGCCGCUGCGAUUCGACGGGCGGGUGGUACUGGUCACCGGCGCGGGGGGAGGACUGGGCCGAGCCUAUGCCCUGGCAUUUGCAGAAAGAGGUGCAUCUGUUGUUGUGAAUGAUUUAGGAGGAGACUUAAAGGGAUUGAGUAAAGGCUCCGUUGCAGCUGCCGAUAAGGUUGUUGAAGAAAUACGAAGUAAAGGCGGAAAAGCUGUGGCCAACUACGAUUCAGUGGAAGCAGGAGAGAAGAUUGUACGGACAGCACUAGAAGCUUUUGGAAGAAUAGAUGUUGUGGUCAACAAUGCUGGAAUUCUGAGGGACAGUUCUUUUGGUAGAAUAAGCGAUGAAGAUUGGGAUAUAAUCCACAGAGUCCAUUUGCGAGGCUCAUUCCAAGUGACCCGGGCAGCUUGGGAUCAUAUGAAGAAACAAAAGUUUGGAAGGAUUGUUAUGACUUCGUCAGCUUCAGGAAUAUAUGGAAACUUUGGCCAGGCCAGUUACAGUGCUGCAAAGCUGGGUCUUCUGGGCUUUUCAAAUACCCUUGCAAUUGAAGGCAAGACAAGCAACAUUCAUUGUAACACCAUUGCUCCUACUGCUGGAUCACGGAUGACCCAAACCGUUAUGGCUGAGGAUCUCUUGAAAGCUCUGAAGCCAGAUUACGUGGUCCCCCUGGUCCUUUGGCUUUGCCACGAGAGCUGUGAGGAAAAUGGUAGCUUGUUUGAGGUUGGAGGAGGAUGGAUUGGAAAACUACGCUGGGAGCGGACCCUUGGGGCCAUUGUGAGGCAGAAGAAUCAGCCAGUGACUCCUGAGGCAGUGAAGGCCAACUGGAAGAAGAUCUGUGACUUUGACAAUGCCACCAAGCCUCAGAGUAUUCAAGAAUCAGUUGCCAGUUUAAUUGGAGUUUUAAAUACAAUAGAUUCGGAUGGAGGAGUUUCAACAAAUCCUACGAGUCAUGCAGCAUCAACAGCUACAUCAGAAUUUGCUGGAGCCAUUGGCCGUAAAUUUCCUCCAUUUUCUUCUGCUUACACGGAACUGGAAACUAUUAUGUAUGCCCUAGGCGUGGGGGCAUCGGUCAAGGAACCCAAAGAUUUGAAAUUUAUAUAUGAAGGAAGCACCGAUUUCUCCUGUUUGCCUACCUUUGGAGUUAUAAUAGCUCAGAAAUUUGUAGUAGGUGGAGGAUUAUCAGAGAUUCCUGGGUUUUCAGUCGACUUGGCAAAGGUUCUCCAUGGGGAGCAAUACUUGGAGUUAUAUAAACCACUUCCCAGAGCAGGAAACUUAAGAUGUGAAGCAGUUGUUGCUGAUGUCCUAGAUAAAGGAUCCGGUUCAGUAAUUCUUGUGGAUGUCUAUUCUUAUUUUGAGGAGGAACUUAUAUGUUAUAAUCAGUUCUCUCUUUUCCUUGUUGGCUCUGGAGGUACUGGUGGAAAACGGACAUCAGACAAAGUCAAGGCAACUGUAGCUGUGCCUAAUAGGCCUCCUGAUGCUGUUCUUACAGAUACCACCUCACUCAAUCAGGCUGCUUUGUACCGCCUCAGUGGCGACUGGAAUCCCUUACACAUUGAUCCCAACUUUGCUGGUUUCGCAGGUUUUGACAAGCCCAUAUUACACGGAUUGUGUACAUUUGGAUUUUCUGCCAGGCAUGUUUUACAGAAAUUUGCAGAUAACGAUGUGUCGAGAUUCAAAGCAAUUAAGGUUCGUUUUGCAAAACCAGUAUAUCCGGGACAGACUCUUCAAACUGAGAUGUGGAAGGAAGGAAAUAGAAUCCAUUUCCAAACCAAGAUCCAAGAAACUGGAGAUAUUGUCAUUUCAAAUGCAUAUGUGGAUCUCCUGCCAACAUCUGAUACUUCAGCUCAGACACCCCCUGAGGGUGGGGAGCUCCAGAGUACCCUGGUAUUUGAGGAGAUAGGUCGCCGCCUUAAGGAUAUUGGGCAUGAAGUGGCAAAGAAAGUAAAUGCUGUAUUUGAGUGGCAUAUCACUAAAGGUGGACACAUCGCAGCCAAGUGGACUAUUGACCUAAAAAGUGGUUUUGGAAAAGUGUAUCAAGGUCCUGCCAAAGGCCCUGCUGAUGCAACCUUCACACUUUCAGAUGAAGAUUUCAUGGAUGUGGUCUUGGGCAAGCUUGACCCUCAGAAGGCAUUCUUUAGUGGAAGACUGAAGGCCAGAGGGAACAUCAUGCUGAGCCAGAAGCUUCAGAUGAUUCUUAAAGACUAUGCCAAGCUCUAACGGACGCACUACAUUAUGAAUAAGAAUAGAAAAGUGACAUAACUCUCUUCACCCAGAUAUGCAAAACUGAUGAAGCAAAAGCGAUCAAAACUUAAGAUACAGGGAAAGUUGCUUACCCUUUUCAGAUUUUAGAUGACUUUUCAGAUUUUAAUUUUUUACUAAUUUUUCAGGUUAUCCUUCUUUUUACAAGGAACUGCAGGUGAUAACCUUUCUGUUCUUAGAGCUCUAUCUUCGUAAUAAAAAGUUUUCACUCAAGCCUUUAGAAUUGUGACAGCAUUUAUAAGUGGAAAGGAAUAUUAGAUCAGGAAAGACCCCUUUGAUGUCCUAUACACUGUUCUGUUAUUUUCUGUUCUCUAUCUUAUCGAUAGAGAAGAUAAUUUUAACAUGAAUUGUUACUUGUAUUCACUUGCUGUUAAUACUUUACUAUAUUCUGCUUUAAAGCAGGAGAAAGGUCUUUAUGUUCCCAAAUAGUUUUCUUCUCUCCUCUGUUUUGCUGGAAAUCCUUUAUUUUCAAAUAAUGCCUGUAAAUACCAUCAUGGGGUUUUCUUGCUUAAUCAGUAAUCGCGAAUCAUAAAGAUGUUAGUAGCAAGUACCAUCAUACUCAUAUUUCUUCUCCAUGUAGCUCAGGUGAUGUGUGCUGAGGAGAUGCCCUUUGACCCGUUGGCUGCAGGGGUGACCCGCAAGUGAGAUGCUGAGGUCAGGGCUGGAGUGCAUGCCACUCAUAGAGCAUAGCCAAGGGGGAUGUGUGUGUGGGGCUGUUAUAGGCUCAGUUCCCUGGGAGACAGACUUUAGAGAUCUUUGGUCAGGAACUGUAUCUGGAGUUGUUCUUGGGAUUAAUGCCUAGGGAGAGUGGUGGUAAACAGAGGAGGCAGGGGGAGAAGUUUGACUGUGGUGCACUCACCACAAGGCCUCAGCCGAUCCUCUGGGGAUGGCCCAGCAUCUGCCCUGAGUUAACUAGUCACUGAUUGCGGCCUGUCCUGCCAAGGUACCAUGACGUGGGGCAGCACAGCAGGGUAGGUCCUGGAGUGUGCUCACUCACUUUGAUGGCUUGUUCAGCAGCUGAGAGACUGUCUUUGGUCCUGAAUAGGGCUUCUGGGAGGGUGGCCUGGUGCCUCACAUCAGGGAACAAGACUAGGGAACCAGAACUCAGGGAUCAAAGGAAAUGGUCUCAGGAAUGUGAAAUUGAAUUGGAAUAUUUACACAGUGGUGGAACAUAGAGGAAAGCCUUAAUACACUCUUGCUGACUUAACGAAUGAGCAGGUUAUAGUGGAAGGCAGAGAAGAAAAGUUGUGCAUUUGUCAAUUAUGCCUUAUCCUCAUGGUCUCUGUAUGGUAUUCUAAAAUUAGUUGUAAUGUAGAGUGAUUUAUUGUUGUACCAACUGAAUUUGUUUUUAAAGUAGCAGCCUUUUAACAUUGGUCUUCUAUAAUAGCUGUUGUUCCUGUUGAGCUUGGAAAUAGAAAUUGCGUAUCAAAAUGAAUCAAAUGCCACACACGAAUAAAAGUGUUGAAUAUA